CAAAAAUGAUUAAUCAGCCAACAUAUAAAAAUUAGUACUAAAUAAAUAAGUAAAAUCCGAAGACCAACUGAUUUUUUUUUAAGAGGAGUUUGAGGUCCACAGAUGAACACUCCAGUGACUUACUUUAUUGUACGCGAGAGAGCAGCCCUAACUGUAGUCGCAUUGGCGAAGCAAAGAUAAACGUAGAGGCGAGGGAGACGAAUGGCAGUUAGCAGGGGCGUUUAAAGGGAGCUCGCAUUUGUAGCAGAGGAGGAAGAGGAGUGAGGGUUUUGAGGUUCUCCGUAAACAGGCAGUGAGGAGCAGAGAGUGUGAGAAAGAGCAGGCUAUGAGAGUGUGAGAGGGAGGAGUGAGGCCCCGAGGAUAUUCAAUUCCGUCAUCCAUUUGUUUUCCUUUGGGAGCAUUGCAGGACUUGCCAAUGUCAGAAAGAGACCGAAAACUUGUUGUGCUUGGCAUUCCUUGGAACGUUAACACAGAGGGAUUAAGAAAUUACAUGAGCAAGUAUGGGGAAUUGGAGGAUGUGAUUGUGAUGCGGGAUCGCUCAACAGGCCGAUCUCGUGGAUUUGGUUAUGCUACAUUUGCUUCGGUUGAAGAUGCUAAGAAAGCACUUGAUAGUGAUCAUGUUCUAAAUGGUCGAACAUUGGAAGUAAAAGUGGCAACUCCUAAGGAGGAAAUGAAACCUCCUUCCAAGAAGAUGACACAGGGUGAUUCGAAAAUUGCCUCCAAGAAGAUUACACGCAUAUUUGUUGCAAGAAUUCCACCAUCUGUUACAGAGGAGAUGUUUCAAAAGUAUUUUGAAGAAUAUGGAAAGAUUGAAGAUUUAUACCUGCCCAAGGAGCAUGGUUCAAGAAAACAUCGUGGAAUUGGUUUUAUUACUUUUGAAAGCUCAGAGUCUGUUGACAGGAUUAUGUCAGAAUCACAUGAGCUGGGUGGUACUACUAUUGCAGUAGAUCGAGCAACACCAAAGGAGGAAAGCUCAAAACAGUGGGAAAAACCAGUAUCUGGAGGAUAUGGGGCGUACAACGCCUAUAUCAAUGCCACAACAAGGUAUGGGGCAUUGGGGUCGACUACAUUGUAUGAUCAGCCAAGCUCAAGAUUCCAAGACGAUUAUGGUAGUGGUUAUGGCAGUGGAAACUCAUGGCCCCCACAUGGACCAGGCAGUAUGUUUGGAGGAUCUUCAUUUGGCAUAGAUGAUCAUCGUUCAGGGUAUGGUUCUGGGACUUAUUCUGGUCCACCAAGGGGCAUGGGCCGGAAGAUAUUUGUUGGCAGGCUUCCUCAAGAGGCCAAUGCUGAAGAUCUUCGCCAAUAUUUUAGUAACUUUGGUCUGGUUAUAGAUGUGUAUGUUCCAAAGGACCCAAGGAGGACGGGGCAUAGAGGCUUUGGAUUUGUGACAUUUGCUGAGGAAGGAGUGGCAGAUCGUGUUUCUAGAAGGUCGCAUGAAAUCCUUGGGCAACAGGUUGCAAUAGACUCUGCCACUCCACCAGAUGAUGGUUAUCAUUAUUUAGAUGAUGGUGCACCUCCAUCAGGUGGGAUUGGUGGGCCUUUAAGGGGUACGGCAUCAUACUCUGGAGGUGGCUAUGAUUGGGGUUAUGAUAGUUCUGGGGUUAGACCUGGUAUAACUGGGAGUCGGCCUUCACGAAUGGACUACAGAUACAGACCAUACUAAAAAAUGUACAUGGCCUCAGGCUUGAUCCAGUUUAACUGGUAUUCUGCUUUCAUUAAUGGAUUUGAGAUACAGGCUAUUCUAAUCAUGCAAAUGCUUUCAGUGUAUUGGUUCUGCAACUAAAUUUAAUUCAAUUACCAAGCAUGUCAGUGGCUUCUGGUGCAUUGAUUCUGCAAUUACUGAAUUGAAUUCAACAAAAUGUUUGAAGUUGGAUUCAUCUGCUACCUGAUGAGUGGCGUUCAAGGAUCUAAUUGUUAAUUUAAUGAACUUUAGGGUAUAUUUGCUUUGUUAUUUUUUUAUCAAUAGAAAUUUAAUCAUGCUGCUUUUCACAGCUUUUCCUACC